AUGGCUAAUAAUCAAUUAGUUUUACGUAAUAAUAAUCGAGAAUUAGUUUUACGUCAAAUAGAGCAAUUGCGAGAUGAAGAUGGAGUGUCUGAUGAAGAGUUAACUUUACUAAAUAUUAUGAUUAAUGCUAUACAAAUUCAAGAACAACAAGUACAAUCUCUUACUGAGGGGUUUAAUGCAUUACUGAAAAAGUUUGACGAGAAAGAAAAAACUGAAAGUAAGUGUUAA